UCAAAAUGGUUUCAUUUUGUGCAACAUAAAAGAUAAAAAGUGAUUCUGUCAUAAAGCAACUUCGACUAUUGGCAUACUAUUGGCAAACUGUUCUUAAAAAUUAGCUUUGUUUCUAGGGAUCAUUAAAUAUAUUUUGCCAAAUAUAGUGAUAACAUUCAUACAAUUACAUCCGGAAACGAAUGGAGUAGUUACAUUCACGAGAAGGCCAAAUAUGUACAUGUUCAUAUAUGUCUAUCAAUUUAAUUUAGCAAAAGCCGAUCAAAGUUGUCCUUUCGGCCUUACCCACUGGAGUAUUUUUUUUAUCAGAUUAUGGUUUAGGCCCAUAUAUCCUUUUAUUCUUUCAAAGAUAGGUUUUUUGGUCAAUGUGUUCGAGAAAUGUGAGAAAGUAUUAUAAUACCUUUACUAAACAUCCAUAAUUUACCCUCUUUGUCUCUUAGAGGAGAACUAAGGCAUGUUCGUGCUAACAAUUUUUAUGUCGCACUUAUAUUUUCUAUGUCUUAGAAACACAAUGUGUCCCUUGACUUCUUAUUACAGGCGAACCACAAAGGUUUCGUUGAUCAGUCGGUGUCGGCGAAUUAUGUAUCACCACCCAGAGAAUUCCACCGAAGGAAUCGCCAAUAUUUCAUUUUCGUAAUGUUAAAAGAAGUCUAACAGCACACCUGGGAGCAAACAACAAUUCUCACCUUACUUUGAUGUUACACAGACUGCUGCCGUCGUACUUUCAUAUGUUCCAGUGGGAAAUAUCCCUAAUUCCCCUUCUAAUGAUAUGAACUGUUAAUGUUUUUCUGGGGAAAGGGUUUUAAUCGCCGUGUAGAACAGCUUGAUUUGUGGCAUGCGUUAUCUAGAGGAGACAGAUCGUAAUGGAUCCGUCAUAUGGUCUAAUUUGGAGCAGUGUUCAGUAUGAAGUAUAAGUAUUUAAUACUUUGUGUCAGUUGAAAUAAAUACAGCAUAUGUUUCUUGUUGUACAUAGAUUGAUUUCUUCGUUUGCUGUAGACCAGUGCAGUAUGCAUAUAUACAAAAACAGCUACUGCGUGUUGGUUUCACACAAGAUGACAAAAACGCAAUAGAGUGAAUAACAUGUCAAAUGGAACAGAUCCAAUUCACACAAUCGGGGUGGUUAACGUUUGUUACAGUUAUAACACUUGACAGCGUAGAUUCGCCAACAGACCGAUAGACAAUUAAUGUGAACUGCCAGUCGUGAAUCAUGAAUUCUGUAAAAGGAUGGUGGAUGCACAAGACGAAGCACUCCCUGAAUAUACCGAAGCUUUACGUAGGGAACGACAACCCGCUCCAACAAAUGCACAGCAACGUGUUAACUCCAAACAGCAUCCCCGAGUUUACCAUUCCGGGCAUGGACACUCGAAGCCAAGAUAGUGCCAGCUCUACUAGCUCUGGAGUGGACAGUUUUCCGUGCUCCAUCAACACCAGUCCAGCGCGAUCUCCCACUGGACGGGUCAGCCCCUACAACCUGUGCGUGAGACAAACCCAUUCAGCCCCAGUGUCCCCGAUUGGAGUCCGAGAACCUUGCUUGUCCAGCGGGGGAUUACCCAGUGCAGAAGAGCUACGAAGCGACGAUACCAACGCGGACCCCUUUUCCGUGUCUGCAAUGACUUUACCCCAUUUUAGAACGAAAACGUCUUACGGUUUUACCACGUUGCUGGAAACACCGCACACGCGUCGAAAGGAGUCGCUUUUUCACGAUUCUGACUCGAGCCCCUCUGUGUCCCCUUUUACAACGCGAGCCUUACGUCAUCGUGUAAAUAUUAAACCGGAUAAAAAAACUGAAGAGAACACAUUCCACAAGUCGGACACAUCACCGCUUUUCGAAUACAGACACUCUGACGAAAAUCUGUCGAGGAAUCACACCGGUAGUCUCAGAAUUCGGAGGCACCAUGCUUUGCCGCUGGGGGCGUUGAAACCAGGGAACGGUAGUGAUUCAGACAUUUCUCUUAAACGGUCCCCACCGCCAACUAUUUCUCCGCGAAGAAGUCCAGAAUUUUCACCUAUUCAGCAAAGACAGAAAAGGAGUGGGCUUUACCAACGUAGGCGCUCUUCCCUCGUGUUACCGGAAAACACGGGCAAAUGCAUUUCAACAUCAGGCAAAGAGAAAGACAAAAACUCAAGAAUUCCAAACAGGCUCUUGUUUAGGAGGUCUUCAUUACCUGGGCAGAGUCUAGAGUAUUCUUUAUCCUCUCCCUGCGACUCCGAAAGGUUACAAAGACUCAUAGCAGAAUUUGGUGAAGCAAAGAUUUCUGUCCAAUAUCUAAGCGAUACCAAACAGCUCAAAGUUGUGCUUGUAAAAGGUGAAAACAUUGGCGGACAAUCUAAACAUCCAAAUAACGUGAACACGUUUGCAAAACUGUACCUGUGUCCCGGCAAACUUCAGAAACAAACGUCAAAAGUUGUGAAGCGCACGAGAGAUCCCGAAUACAACGAAGUAUUUUAUUUCAAAGACCUGAGCUUGGAAGAAUUGCAAGAAAAAUCUCUAAAGAUAAAAUUUUAUAACAAAACUCAUAACUUAAGACGCUUGGAAUAUAUCGGGGACUUGGAGUUGGACCUCAGCACUGUGAAUUUGCAAGAGGAAACCCGCAUGUGGAUGGACUUGCAAGCAAAACAGGAUGUGGAGGGUCUUGGAAUUUUGCAGAUUGCCACUUGUUUUGAGCCGAAAACUGAGCGCCUAACAUUAACGGUAAAACAAGCGAGAGAUCUGCCAAAGCAGUCGAUAUCCGGAUAUCCAGAUCCCUAUGUUAAAGUGGAAGUAACUCAGCCAGGCCGGCCACCAAUGAAAGAACAGACGCGGGCACGGAAAGGCUCUCGCUGUCCUGUGUAUAAUGCCUCGUUUGUGUUUCACAUAUCCCCGAAGUUCGAGGAUCUGAACUACACUACAGUAACGCUUACCGUGUACGACCACCAAAACCUGAGGAGUGAUAUACCGCUUGGGCAAAUCUGUUUAGGAUACGGCUCCACCGAAGAUUUGGAAAUGUCCUACUGGGCCACGGUACUUCAGAGCCCCGAUCAUGAAUUCAAAGAGUGGUUAGAUCUCAACGAAGUGCAGAAACAUUCCACAUAACUAAUGCUGUUUAUCAUAUCUAAAAAAAGGACGUAAAAACCCCACGUUGAAGGUUUUGAUGCCUUUUGUGAAACAAAAUAUCAGGAGCAAAAAUCAGAUUUUGUUCCUGUGGCGAAUUGCGAAGAAAUGUUGUUGAAACUUGAUGAUUAAACAAUUGAUAGAUUUCUAUGAUGCGGUGGAACUAUGCAUUGAAGCUAUUGUGGGUAAGGUUCUUACCAAAAAAAACUGGAAAAAAGGUUUUAUUUAUAACAUUUUAUCUACUUUUAUACAACAGUUGCUGUAUAUUGUGGUGAUACUGAUUAAGCACGCAAUUAGCAGAAUAAAACAUUUCUUAAAGAAUGCUUUAAUGUGUUUGUCGCUAUGUACAGAUUAAACAGUUCAAACUUCAGUUUCCUUCGAGACUGUCGGUUUGUAAAAAAUAUUUUGAUUUGGUCUUUCGCUUCUAAGAUCGUCAAUUUGAGCCUUGUGUCUCUCUUCAGGCCGACUCUGAGAUCUUUUUAUUUUACGUUUUUUCCUCAAUUUUAAAAAAAGUAUCACCGAAGCUAACACAAGCAUGAAACUUCCACCCACGGCGAUGAGAACGAUCCCAGCAGGUCGAUUCACACGGGCGACGAGGACUAUCCCUACUACAACCUUGGCACAAGAAAGGAAGACCACGUAAACAACAUUGUUAUAGAAGAAAAUUGCAAUGUUGCUAAAACUUCUUCGUUUUGUCUUCACGUUGUGUUGGCCAGGCAACUGUUCCGGGGCUUCCAUUAUACGUUGCUACUUGAUUAAACCAGUAAUCGCAUGGCCUAAUUUGUUCAGAGGUAAUCCACAUUUGAACCGUGUCAUCCAAACACAUACAGAGAGGAUCGUAAUAAUCAUAUGUAGCCUGGAAGUAAAUGGGGGAUAGGUACUGUGUUUGUCAGUAUGUAAUCAGCAGCAUAAUGCCCCUACUGUGUCUAGUUUGCAAAUGAAGUUCGGGUCAAUUGCAAUCAGUUGAAUUAGCCGGCAGCAUGCAUAAUAAAAAAACAUAUUAUUGAUGAU